AUAUACUGUGCAUUGAAGGACCUAACACAGACGUGACUGGCAGCUCUAUCUAGUCUUCCUAUUAGACUGUCUGGAAGAUGGCAAGAAAUACCUAUAUGCGAUGGAAGCUGCCGAUUAUCUGCAUGACUUUCGAGAUUAUCAUGAUUGUCCUUUUUGGAGCUUUUGUUCGCUAUGAUAUAGAAGCUGCACCCCAGUGGAAAGAAUACAUGAAGGUUAAUAACAUCAGCAGUAAUAUUGAAAAUGAUUAUUACUAUAGAUACCCAAGUUUUCAAGAUGUCCAUGUCAUGAUCUUUGUUGGCUUUGGCUUCCUGAUGACCUUCCUGAAGCUUUAUGGAUUUGGCAGUGUUGCAUUCAACUUUUUGCUUGCUGCUUUUGGAUUACAAUGGGCUAUUCUAAUGCAGGGUUGGUUUCAUAGCUUUAAAGAUGGCGAGAUCCAUAUCAGCGUAACAAGCCUCAUCAACGCUGAUUUCUGUGUGGGAUCUGUGUGCAUUGCCUUUGGUGGAGUUCUGGGGACAGUCAGUCCUGUACAAGUCAUGCUGAUGACCUUGUUCCAAGUGACGCUCUUUGCGGUGAACGAAUAUAUUCUUCUCAACCUGCUCCAUGUUAAUGAUGCUGGUGGCUCCAUGACUAUCCACACAUUUGGGGCGUAUUUUGGAUUGACGGUGGCCUGGAUCCUACAGCGUCCAAAAUUAAAGGAAAACAACAACAAGGAAGGAUCUGUGUAUACAUCUGAUCUCUUUGCAAUGAUAGGGACAUUGUAUUUGUGGAUGUACUGGCCCAGCUUUAAUUCUGCUGUCUCCGAACAUGGUGAUGCCCAGCACAGAGCCGCCAUUAAUACAUAUUGUUCUCUGGCAGCCUGUGUUCUCACGACUGUUGCCAUCUCCAGUGUAACCAACAAAACGGGUAAAUUAGAAAUGGUUCACAUUCAGAAUGCCACCCUGGCUGGAGGCGUGGCAGUUGGGACGGCUGCUGAAAUGAUGCUUACCCCCUAUGGAUCUCUGAUAGUUGGAUUCAUAUGUGGAAUUAUUUCUACACUUGGAUAUGUUUACCUUUCACCUUUAUUGUCCUCGAAAAUGAAUCUCCAUGAUACUUGCGGAAUUCAUAAUCUUCAUGGAAUGCCAGGUAUAAUCGGAGGGAUUGUAGGCGCUGUAACGGCAGCUUGCGCCACUGAAGCAGUGUACACAGCAGAAGGGAUUAUUCUUGAAAUUGCCAUUUUGGGGGGAUCCUUCAGAUGAGAACUGUUUUUUCGAUGGUGUCUACUGGGAGCUUCCUGAAGAGGACCCGGAGUAUGCAGAGCCUUCCAAUACCUACACCACUCAUCUACCUCAACCUAUGAAACAAGUUGAUAAUAAACAUGUAGAAUAGAACAAAGCCUGGAACAGAGUACUGGCAACAAAGCUCAUGCUCAAUGUUGUGCUAUUGCAUUUUUCAUGUUUUUAUUGUUUUAUUUUUUUUACUAUGUCAAUCUAGAUUGACCUUUUUCUUUAAAAUGUAAUGGAUGCCUGAGAUGAUCAACUAAGAUCAAAUCAAAUGUAAAUACUGUGCACCAUGAAAAUUAUUGUUGUAAAUAGAAGCUGAUAUGAUUGUUGGGUUUGCUUUAGGGCAGGGGUCUCCAAACUUUCUAAACUAAGGACCAGUUUAAUGUUCCUCAGACUUUAGGGUGGGGGCAGAUUGUGACUAAUUGUAAUAGAACAUGCCUGGGCAUUAGUGGGAGUAAACCAUGCCCCGUCACUGGUUUUAGUGGGAGGAAUAGUGCCCCGUCGUUGCUAUCGUGGGGGAAAUGGUAGCUCAUCGUUGGUAUCGUUGGUAUCGGUGGGGGAAAUAGUAGCUCAUCGUUGCUAUCGGUGGGGGAAAUAGUAGCUCAUUGUUGGUAUCGGUGGGGGAAAUAGUAGCUCAUUGUUGGUAUCGGUUGGGGAAAUAGUAGCUCAUCGUUGGUAUUGGUGGGGGAAAUGGUAGCUCAUCGUUCGUAUCGGUGGGGGAAAUAGUAGCUCAUCGUUCGUAUCGGUGGGGGAAAUAGUAGCUCAUCGUUGGUAUCGGUGGGGGAAAUGGCUCAUCGUUGGUAUCGGUGGGGGAAAUGGCUCAUCGUUGGUAUCGGUGGGGGAAAUGGCUCAUCGUUGGUAUCGGUGGGGGAAAUGGCUCAUCGUUGGUAUCGGUGGGGGAAAUAGUAGCUCAUCGUUGGUAUCGGUGGGGGAAAUAGUAGCUCAUCGUUGGUAUCGGUGGGGGAAAUAGUAGCUCAUCGUUGGUAUCGGUGGGGGAAAUAGUAGCUCAUCGUUGGUAUCGGUGGGGGAAAUAGUAGCUCAUCGUUGGUAUCGGUGGGGGAAAUAGUAGCUCAUCGUUGGUAUCGGUGGGGGAAAUAGUAGCUCAUCGUUUGUAUCGGUGGGGGAAAUAGUAGCUCAUCGUUCGUAUCGGUGGGGGAAAUAGUAGCUCAUCGUUCGUAUCAGUGGGAUGAAUAGUGCCCCAUCAUUGUUAUUAAUAGGAGGAAUAGUACCUCAUUGUUAUUAAUAGGAGGAA